UGACCAACAGGCGUAUCACGCUGGGUUUCUGUAGACCGCAUGGAACACGUCGCUGAGAUUGGUUAGUGACGUUCAGGCCCACGGUUAUCUGUGCUCUGAUUGGUCCAGCUGUUGCUCAACUGACAGGCCCGGCAUCACAAACACACGUGUGCCCGGCUCUUGCGGUAUAAAUGAUCUGUGCAGCUGACGGACGGCGGUAGAUUCUCUUAUACUUAGUAGAUUAAUUAAGCCAGAUCUGCCAUUUUGCACAUUUUAUUGGACUUUUGUUUAAUAAUGAAGGGAUUGACUGUUUACACUGGAUUUUAAAACAUCAAGAUAGAAGAUGCUGAAGUAUUAAAACCAUGGGGAGUGGAAGAAUAAGGCAAUCAAAUUGCAGAUCACGUUAAAAAUACAUUAAAGGCUGUCAGGCUUCUGUUAACUUGUACAACUAGAGGCUAUCUGAAGCGAAAUUUUUGAAGGACGUGAGGAAUGAAACAUCAGGACAUGAUCAAUGAACAAAGGAGUCUUUGGGUUUUUGGCUACGGUUCUCUCGUCUGGAGACCGGACUUCAAGUUCAAACGGAGCAAAGUUGGCUACAUACAGGGCUAUAAGAGACGCUUCUGGCACGGCGAUACUUUUCACAGAGGGGACAUUGAUAUGCCCGGAAGAGUUGUGACUCUGGUGGAAGAUGAUGACGCAUGCACUUGGGGUGUGGCGUAUGAGGUGACAGGCUCCCAGAUCGAAGAGUCCCUCAAAUACCUGAAUGUGAGGGAGUCUGAAUGUGGCGGCUACAUCACCAAGUGGGUGGAGUUCAUCUCGCGUGAGGACAGCCACACGCCGAUCCUCGCCCUGACCUACAUUGCCACAGCCAGCAACCCCAUAUACCAAGGACCUGCCAGCCCAGAGGAGAUCGCCGCCCAGAUUGCCGUCUGCAAGGGCAAGACAGGCCACAACAUUGAAUACUUGCUCCGCCUGGCCCAGUUCAUGAAGCGGUACUGCCCAGAGGUAGAAGAUGACCACCUGUUCUCCAUCGAGGCUGCUACCCUGGCCCUAGUGCCCUAUCUGUUGGUGUCCAAGCAGAUGAUGUAACCCUCGUGUCUCCCUUGGUCAAGCUGGGGGCCAAAACAAAACAAUAUGGUUCAGCAACGGCAGUUUUUACUGCCAACAUGUAGCAUUGCACUAUGAACACUUUUGUGUAGACUUCAUUUUCAGAGUUUAUAUAAUAGAAAAAUGACACUUUUUAAAAGAGCUGCUUAUUUUGUCGAUUUGUUUAUUCUAGUUUUAGUGGAGAUAUUCAGGCUGAAGGUACUACAGGCAGGACUUGUCUGUUCCUCCUAUAACUAGAAGUACCAGCCUUCAGAUUAUAAAGUAGUUGUUCUUAUCUAUUGCACGACUGUUUACUAUGACGUUGGGUUUUGUGCAAUAUUUUUUUGUUUUCUCACUGAUGGGUUUUAAUGAGUAAUUAUGGUAUUAUGUUAUUUGGUGCUGCCAAUUUCAAAGUGCAAUAUUGUCCUAAAGGACACACUUAAAAAACACAAUUAUUUUAAUUAUAAUUAUGUUGUGAAUUAUAAUGUCUGCCGUUUAUAGUGUUGGUUGAUACAAGCAAACAGCACAAACAUUUUGCACUUAUAAUCAUAUAUAUAUAUAUAUAGGUAUGGAUAUUUGUCUUUUAUUUUAUUUAUAUGGUAUUGGCUUUGUUCUAAAAGGAAAAAAAUAAGUGCCAUUAUUUUUC